CGAGAACCUGCGAGAACCUGCUGGACGCCUCAAACGAGAGAAAGACGGCCAAGAAAUUUAUUCGGAGAUGUUUCAGGCCAGACCAAUCAAGAAAGAGGUCAAGGUCGACGAGAUUUACGGAGCAGACACCGCAGCGCUCAACCCCGUGAGGAUCAGUCCAGACAGACUGUGCAAUAGUGAUCCAAACCCCGCAAAGUUCAACGCAGCGCUGGAUCACAAGCAGCAACGGGAGCAACACUCUUUGGCGGCGAUAAACCUGACGCAACACGCGGCGGCUUCCGGUUCGUCUGGGCCUGCGCACUUUAUGGAGUGCAGACCUGGGGGAAGCUCCACGUCAUCAUUAUCGCCGCGUGUGGUGGUGAGCUCCAAGUCGGACAGUCGUCUGACAGCGGGAUGGGAGAAUGAAGAUGAUGACGACAGCGACCUUGAAUUCAUCGUGUGCCCCCC